AUGUCUCAAAAGCAGAUGAAAGAAGCUUUUGUCAGUAACCAGAAUGGAACAAGCGUGCUGGAAAUCACCGAGGGCUUGUGCCUGCCUGCACUCUGUAUCCUGUGUAGAGGCCUCCUGAUCAUUCUCUCACAGCACUUCUGUUCUUCUUCACAUAACUCGAGGACUCGAUUCUUGGUUGACUUUGCUUUCCUGAUAGUUCCCCUGGUCACCACUUUGACCAUUUUCUCUUCAUUUGUCCUCCUCCAGUAUCCUGUUGCAAUUAUCCUUGGGGCAGGACUGCUCUAUGAAAUAUACUGCAGAAGAACUUGCUAUGUCAGAAUGCCUUUCCACAAAAUCUGUGAAAAAUUCUUGAAAGUCAGUCUAGAAUCAGAAUACAUUCCAGCCAUCUCCUGUUUCCGUGUCGUUAACAGUGCCUUUACUGCUGUUGCCAUUUUGGCUGUGGACUUCCCACUAUUUCCCAGAAGAUAUGCCAAAACCGAGCUCUACGGGACAGGAGCAAUGGAUUAUGGAGUAGGGGGCUUUAUUUUUGGGUCUGCAAUGGUUUCUCCAGAGGUUAGGAGAAAAUAUACAAAAGGCUCCAGACUUUGUUACCUUACAAAGUCACUGUACUCUGUUUGGCCAUUAGUUUUCCUAGGAAUGGGGCGAUUAGUUGCUAUAAAAUCCAUAGACUAUCAGGAACAUUUAAGUGAGUAUGGUGUUCACUGGAACUUUUUCUUUACCUUAAUAGUUGUGAAACUGAUAACAUCACUGCUUUUGAUUAUGUUUCCCCUAAAUAAAUCCUGGAUUGUGGCCAUCAGCAUUACUGCAUUAUACCAGCUAGCCCUUGAUUUUACCCCCCUGAAAAGUUUAAUUUUGUAUGGCACUGAUGGCAGUGGCACAAGGGUUGGUUUAUUAAAUGCCAACCGAGAAGGAAUCAUCUCUACCUUGGGGUACGUGGCAAUACAUAUGGCUGGUGUUCAAACAGGGUUAUAUGUACUUAAGAGAAGGUCACAGAUCAAAGACUGGAUAAAAGUAGCAUACUGUAUUCUACUGACAGCUAUUGGCCUCUUCAUUUCUCUUUACAUAGUUCAGGUAAAUGUAGAAGUAGCAUCUCGAAGAAUGGCCAAUUUAGCUUUUUGUAUUUGGAUAGUUGCUUCUUGCCUGAUCCUUCUUAGUAGUUUAUUACUGGGUGAUAUAAUUUUGAGUUUUGCCAAAUUUGUAAUUAAAGAGGCAGCAGUACCAUGUUCUUGGAAACUUACCCAGUCACCCACUGCAAAUAAAAAGCAUCUGGAAUCCAUAGUCUCCGAAGCCAAAAGAAAGGAACCUACUCUCUGUUUAAUCACAGCAAUGAACAGAAACCAGUUACUUUUUUUUUUGCUGUCAAAUGUAACAACUGGUCUAGUCAACCUUUCAGUAGAUACAUUACACAGCAGUACCCCAUGGGCCUUUUGCCUGCUCAAUCUCUACAUGUUUACCAACUGCUUAAUUAUAUAUGUGCUACACUUGCAAGAUAAAACAAUAAAAUUUUGGUGA